CCCGUACGGCGGGGCUGAGGGCUGGGAAGCGCAUGCGUAGUAACUCGGUGCCUCUUUCUCUUGAGCUUCGACGUCCUAGCGGGUCGCUGGGCCCUGGGUCCAGGCGGGGCUAAAGGGGAGGGGCUUGGGCUGAGCCCACCCCACCCCCUUUGGGGAGGUGGUGAUGUCAGCCGAAGCCACAGCAGACUCGGUCCCACCUCCUGAGGCCUGUGCUCCACUGGUCCCAACCCAGCAGCGCCGGGAUGGCGGGGGUGGGGUAGCAGGUGCAACCUUUGAUCUCAAACCUCUGAACCCCAGCAGCAAGUAUGUGAAACUGAACGUAGGAGGGUCCCUCCAUUACACCACCGUGCAGACCCUCACCAAGCAAGACACCAUGCUGAAGGCCAUGUUCAGUGGCAGGAUGGAAGUGCUGACGGAUAGUGAAGGCUGGAUCUUGAUUGAUAGAAGUGGGCGCCAUUUUGGAACCAUCCUGAAUUACUUGCGAGACGGUUCAGUGUCUCUCCCCGAGUCCCAGCGGGAGUUGGAAGAGGUGCUGUCUGAGGCCCGCUACUACCUGAUUCAAGGCUUAGUGGAGGACUGCCAGCUGGCACUCCAGCAAAAGAGCGAAGCCUUUGACCCUCUCUGCCACAUCCCCAUGGUGACGUCUCCAAAGGAAGAGCAGCAGAUCAUCUCAAGUUGUUCCAAGCCUGUGGUGAAAUUGCUGCAUAACAGAAGCAACAACAAGUAUUCGUAUACAAGUAACUCCGAUGACAACUUGCUGAAGAACAUUGAACUCUUUGACAAACUCGCUCUGCGGUUCAACGGACGGGUGCUCUUCAUCAAAGAUGUCCUGGGAGACGAGAUCUGCUGCUGGUCUUUCUAUGGGCAGGGCCGCAAGAUCGCCGAAGUCUGUUGCACCUCUAUCGUGUACGCCACUGAGAAGAAACAGACUAAGGUGGAGUUCCCUGAGGCAAGGAUCUUUGAGGAGACCCUGAACAUCCUGAUCUAUGAGACACCAAGGGUGCCGGAUAAGGCCCUGCUGGAAGCAACAGGCGGGGUGGCAGGUGGAGGCGGAGGCCUCCUCCGCGCAGGUGAUGACGAAGACGGGCGGGAGCACCGUGUCCGGCGCAUUCAUGUCCGCAGGCAUAUUAUGCACGACGAGCGUCCUCAUGGUCACCAGGCUGUUUUCAAGGACUGAUUGUCACUUGAUCCCACUGUUGUCACUCCGCCCAUCUAGUGCCAAAAGAGGCCCUGUUUUCCUCCUUUUGACCUCUUGCCCCACGGUCUUCUCAAGAGUGUUUGCAACCUUUCUAGCCCUUGCCUCUCUUCUCCUCGGCCUUGCCUUUCUCCUCUUGACUUUGCGCCCCUCCUGAGCCCCUCACUGACUUUAUUGUGACAAUUGACACCUUUGUCCACCUUGCUUUUUCCAACUUUACUUUUUCUGCCCUUAAUAUGAGUCUUAAAUGCCUGACCUUUUUCUCUUGCUGUUUACUCUCCCUUAUAUGCACCAGUCCUCUUCUUGUCUCAUAAUCCUUGAGAUGCCUCUCAAGUCUGGAUAGUGACCUGUUUGUUAUUCAUAAUGUCUUAGACCCAGAAUAUUGCCCUGUCAGACUAGAGACAGUCUGAUUCUUGGGAUCCACAGAAAAGCAUUAAUACAAAAAUAGGAGUGUGUGAUCAGUGUGCACAAACCAGAGGAGUCUACUUCCCAUAUUCCACUUGGAACAUUAACCUCUAGUUUCUUGAGGGUCAGAGGCAAGCAGCUGCCUAGUCAGAGGUGUCUAGAAUCUUUUUUUGUAUACCUAUUUUAUAUAACUUUCUUGUGCUCUCUGACUUCUGAUCAACACCUCAUAAUAGAUUUUUUUUAUUCUGUCCUCCCCUAAAGAACACACAUGUUUGUUUGUUUGUUGUUCAUCUGGUUUUAACUUAUAGGUGUUCCCAGUGUGGAUGAAGCCACCUGGGUUUAAGAUAAAGGACCUAAAUUGUUCUAGGGGGAGUCAUUUUUAGUUUUUUUAACAUAGAAUGGGGCUGGAAUAACUGGGACUAUAAAACUUACCUCAUUUGAGUCUGUCAGCCAAGGAGGAUAAAUCCUCUUUGAAAUCAUCCAGAAAGAAAUCCUCAUGUUGGUACACUCCAGACACAGAUUCAGUCUUCCCACUAGAGUAGGGCUAAUCAGAAGCUUCCAGAAAGCUGUUCUUAACUUGCUGGGUUAAUAUAAACUGCUCUGGGUCAAAUAUAUGUUCUCCCUUGACCCUCCCUCAGUGGAUGUUGUAUGAGCUGAACCCUACUGCCCUCUGCAUGUGUCUCUCCUGUCCUCUCUAGUACAAGGUAUGGCUGGGCUUCAAAAGAGAUAGAAUGCUUUGAGCCCAGAGUUCAGUAGACAUCUUUGCAUCAUUUCCAAACACUGCAACAUGGUCGAACAGUUUGUUCCCACAGUGUAUUGGGGCAUAGAGUUAUUCUGCCGUUCAUUUCCACACACACCCUGUCACAUGCUCCUAAUGUUCCAUCUGGGGGAAUAUUUACUCCUGCAGCUUACUCUAGGAAUGCUUUCCCUUCUCUGUUUUCCUUUGGGAAUAGGAUAUUCCUUCAUGGGGGGGGGGGGGAACCUUUGGAGAGUUCUAGCUGGCCCUUUAGUCAGUUCCCUUGGAUGGGAAUGGUUUGUUCUACUUAUUGAUGGGUGGGGAGGUGUAGUGAACCAUUGCAUUUCACUUCAAGGCUGUGAAGGUACUUCUGUGGGGAAGAUGGUACUGUUAUUUUCCUUUCCCUGUUGUCUCCUUCUGUACAUCCUCUCCUCCCUGGAGGAGGUAAUCUUGCAUUAAUUAUUGUAUUUUUUUGUAUUUGUAUAAUUUAUUUAAAAAACAACAACUUUGUUUUUUCUAUUAAAUUAUUGUAAUAAAGGCUUCUGCUUAAAAGAGUA